CUAUCUAUCUAUCUAUUUCUCUUCCAGGUCUCAGUGGGGAAGGAAGUCAUCAGCUAUCCGACUGACACUGACCGUCCGACCAGCUGACCAUCAGACCAACCAACUGGCCUGCCAGCCAGCUCAGCUCAGCUAACCCAUCCAAACCGACACAGACAGACGGUAGUGGUGAUUGCGUCAGAGGUCAAAUCUUCUGGUCACACCCCCAAUGGUUAUAUCAUGGCCAGAUGCAAUGGAAGAUAUAGAUUACAAGGAGAAGAACUUCAAGCUAGACCUGGUCAGUCUCUACCACCCCCUUUGGAUGACCGAGGGUCAUUACAUCUACCAUCUACUCAAAGAUGACAGUGGUCAUCUCUGUUGUCAAACUGACCAAAAUGGGGAACCCAUCUGCUCCCCCAGGUUCUUGACUCAGCUGAGCAUCAUGAAACUAGUGUGUGACCCAUCACGAAUGCGCAAAAUGAAGUGCGGCGACAUUCCUAGCGACGUCUUCCCUGGUUUGUUGACGGAAGCAAUUCUCCAGAAAGAACUGAUCUCCAUAGAAUUCCUCGUGUCGAACUGGCCUCAUACAGUGCUUGACCUGCAGUUGCUGAUGCCCCUCGAGGAUUACCUGCGACCUGGUUACCUGACCCAGGUGCUUGGCGAGGGCAAUGGUAACAUGUCCCUACUUGAUUGUAUAAUGAUGGGACUUCUCAACCUCAAAUCCACGUCACCUUUGAAGGAAGUAAACCUCCUUGGAUUCAAGAAUGACAGAAAACUGUGUCGGGAGUUGGCCAGGCUGCCAAUCCUGUGGAUGGAACCAAAACGGAGGAAAGUUCAAUACAUCCAUGGAAUCGUCAGUAAAACAAUUGAUAUAUCGCCAGAUCGUGUUCGUAGGUUUCUCAACAGAAUCUCCUCCAUCUACUCCAACAUGGAUCCUUACAUAAAACAUGGAAACAAAAUCGGUCCCAUCAAGAUAAGAACCAACUGCAAGGUCACAUUGGAUGAUGUCCCCAUAGGGCUUGCCCUUCAACAAGUCUCUCCAUUCCGUUUUGACUGCACCCGUGUUUGGAUGGAGUCGAUUGCUGAAAUCUACCUGCCCCUUCGAAACAUCCCACUUUUAAUCAACUCCAAGUGUAUAACCCAUCUGGAGGUAGAAGAACAAAACCUGUGUAACGAUGUCUUCAAAUUGACUGAUUUCCUGGAAGGUCUAUUAAUGCUGACCAACCUCGAUGUCCUCAGCCUGCCCAACACCAUCCACGUGAACAUCUACCCGGAAGCGCCGUACAUGUUGAAUCAAGUCCUGCGUUCGCUGACCCGACUUCGCAAACUGCACCUACCAUCCUGUAACCUACGUGAUUCCCUCCACACGAUGCUCAGCGGACUCACAAAACAGAAGACGGCAUUCGAAUGCCUCAACCUGCGCGACUGUCGCCUCUCUGAGACGGACAUGGUGUUCCUCGUGCACUGGGAACGGCUCAGCGAAUUGCGAGAACUGAACCUCAGUCGCAACAACCUCAAGACGGUUGCGUCAGCAUGCGUCACCCUCCUAGACCGCAUGCCAGAAAUAACGUGCUUCUCCAUUUCAUACUGCUGCCUUGGUGCACCGAUGAUAAUACGCAUUGCAGAGAAGUGCAGCGAAUGCCGUUUUCUCAAGGCGUUUGCAUCGCAGACUUUCACGCCGCUGCCUUUCAUCGACGUGCAGGACAUCUUGGAGAAGUGUGCCGGCAUAAAGCAGCUUCAGAUGUGCACGAUCGUGCCGGAAACAUAUGCAUUCCCUGGUGCCAAUGACACGCAGCGCACUGAGAACAGGCUGCACUUCAUCGAGUCGUGCCAGGUCUACUUGCGACGUCUCGGCCAACCGGAUGUCGAGGUUGAAUGAACUGACAACAGAUGCUACCCCCUUCCACCCAAUGCUCUCUAGCGCAUACACACACACACACACACAUACACACACAUGUAUCAACAUACACACACAUAUAUAAAUACCCACGCUCAUAUGCACGUGCACACACAAGCGUGUAUACGAGCCCAUAAAUAGAUGCAAACAGUUUAUACGUAUACAUAAAUACAUUGAUAUAUCACGUGACCGACCAGACCAUCAAAUGUUGUUACACAUCGCUGGUCACAAUGCGCUUUGCAUUGUUUUAGCCUUCGAACGACGCCACC